GCACGGGCGGCCGGAGGAGCCCGGCGCGGACAGAGGAGGGCGAGGGGCGGGUUAAAAGCGGCGGCAGGUGAACGGGGAGGGACCUUAAAGCUCUGGGACGGCGGGGCUGGGAUCGGCCGCUCCGUAGGAACCGGCGGACCCGGGAGCGGAGGAGCGCGGCGCGCCGGUCGCGCCUCGGGGGCGCUGCUGAGCCGAGCCCCGCCAGGUAAAAGGACACAGAAAAGAUGGACUGGGGAACUCUGCAGGCUGUUUUAGGAGGUGUAAACAAGCACUCAACCAGCAUCGGGAAGAUAUGGCUCACAGUGCUGUUCAUCUUCCGUAUCAUGAUCCUGGUUGUGGCUGCAGAGAGAGUCUGGGGAGAUGAACAACAAGAUUUUGUCUGCAACACACUUCAACCUGGGUGCAGAAAUGUUUGCUAUGAUCACUUUUUUCCCAUCUCUCACAUCAGACUCUGGGCCCUGCAGCUGAUCUUUGUUUCCACACCCGCACUGCUGGUGGCCAUGCAUGUAGCUUACACCAGGCACGAGAAGAAAAGACGGUUCAGAAAUGGUGAGAAAAUUGAUAUUGAAGAGCUGAAAAAUGAAAAGAUUCACAUUCGGGGUCCCCUGUGGUGGACAUACACCAGCAGCAUCUUCUUCAGGAUCGUCUUUGAAGCAGUCUUCAUGUAUGUGUUCUACUACAUGUACGAUGGGUACCAGAUGCCUCGCCUCGUGAAGUGCAAUGCAUGGCCCUGCCCCAACACAGUGGAUUGUUUUGUGUCUCGGCCCACUGAGAAAACCACAUUUACUAUUUUCAUGCUUGCUGUGUCUGGGAUCUGCAUGAUGUUGAAUCUGGCUGAGUUGUGUUACCUAGUGGUAAAAAUUUGCAUGAAUGCAUCCCGGAAAACAACAGUUUUAAAAUAAUUCCCCAGUUUCAGGAUUUCCUAGCUCCCCAUUUCCCUCAAACUUUCUUAGGUGUCAGAAAACAUUCAGAAUAUUUUUCACACUCGAGGAAAAGGGUAAAAAUGAAAGUUCAUUCACGUUUAAGAAAUGGUAGUCUCCCUGGGAAGCUGCCACUAAGGCACGUUUUAAAGAUCAUGAGCUAAUUCAGUAUUCUUGCAUCCUCAAAUAGAAAGAGCAGCCAUCUGGCAGCAGCUUUUCCAAGUAUGCCUACUGCUGGGAUCCUGUUGCUGGGACAGAAUCACUUUUCAAAAAGUGGGACUGGAAAGGCCCAGAGAAGGGUCUAGUGCCCACAGGAGAGCCAGGAAUUACAAAUGCACUGUAUCAUCAUCAGAGGUGAGCCAGUAACAAAGGGUUUUGGUCAAAAGUGGGGUGAAGGGUUUUUCAGGAGAACUUAAUGAGAGGGAAGAAGACAGGGAGGGGAUUGUGUUUAUAGUAGGUGCCUAUAUGCUCUGAAGUAUUCUGGAGAGCAAGGAAAGAGCCUAGGAACGCAGGUACUCCAUGGUAAUGUGUACUAUCAGCUCUGCUGGGCAACAGCAAUGGUUUGUAUCUUUUUACCUCACCGGCACCGAGGAGCAACUCCUUCAGGGUUGGGGGUAGCCAGUCUCAACUGCUUGUGCAUGUCAUUAGGUCAGCACUGCUUCCCUGCACUCACAGGGGCUGCAGCAGCCGGAGGAAUAGUUUGUUUCUUCAUUCUCUCGGUCAGGUGAAAGAAAGGAUUGUCACCUUUGAGAAGGUGGGGCAGUGCAAUAGUCUUCCUUAUUCUCUUGUUCUCUCCCAACACUUUGUACAGAAUUGCAGUACAGUAGAUUUUAUUCAGUGAAAAGACUUUUUACCUCCUUCCUGUGCCUCCUUCAGCUGUGGAUCUUUAAAAGGUUGGUUUUGUGGUUGGUUUUUUUUUUUUUUUUUUUAGCAAAAGCCAAGAAAAAUUGCCUUGCUUCAUUCUAUUUGUGAUCCAAAAUAAGUGCUUCAGCACUUACAGGAUGAUAUGCCGUAGAUUGCACCUAUGAGUACUCCUUCUGUUAGUCCCUUUUCCCUAUCCAACCCACACAGCUUUUCUUAAUAAAACCUUCUACCUAUCUGAGGUACUUUUCAAGUGAGUCCCUCAAACCACUCCCAAUCUCUUAGAAGUUCCACACUGUGAGACUGAAUCACCCUUUCUUUUCUUAAGAGUAGGUCUAGCAGGAAUUGCAGACAGCUUGCAAAGCUAAAAUAGCAAAGGAACCCAAUCAGAAAUGAGCAGGAAGUAGAUGUUUUUCUUAAAGUUCGUGCUGCUGAGCUGUGAAUUGUGUAUUACUAACUUGAAGAAUUAUGUGAGUCAGUCUGGUCUUGUCUCUCCAAAGUAGUCUCAAAACAUGCUUUAUGCCUGUCACAGGCAGUUACACCAGCACAUACAGCAACACAGUUUGCCUCCCAAGUGCCUGCCUGUUGAACCCACUUCUAGGAAAGUGGCUGUUUCUCCUCCUUAGCUUUAAUAACUGGCUUCUCCCCAGAAUGAGUGAGUGCUGUCUCAGCUUCUCUAUUUGCAUCCAUCUCUUACUGUAUACUUAAGUUUAUCACUGUUGGAGUAAACAAAGCUGCAUCAAGACCCCUCACUGCACUGGAAGCAGAGCAUAAGCAGGUCCCAUUGCUUGUGACCUACAUCCAGUGUUACAACCUGACUGUGGAUGGAAAUCUCUCAUCUAAGAGGGGAGCAAGAAAAACACCAUCCUCAGAAGCAUGAACAAAAAGAUGGAAAGUGAUUAAUAAUGACCUGAACUGCAAACUUGGACUGUCAAAACAUCCUUAAUUCAACUCUAAAGAACAAGGCUUGGCACAUAUCGGGUUUGUGCUUGGUAAAGUUCCUGCAUUGUUUUGUGUACAAGUACAAAGAGAACAAUCUAAGCUCCCAGUGCUCUAGUAUUGCAUUUCUUUUGUAAAAAUGGGAUUUUUUUUUUCUGAAAUUCUAAUUAAAGCACUCUUGUGGCA